GCAGCCCAACCGUUGCGCUUUCCUGCGUUGGCGACGCCACCUUUUCCCCUCCGCGCGGCAUGGACGGGACCGGGGCGGCGGCCUUUCGCCUUCCUUCGCCUUUCCCCGAGCCCCGCGCCUGCUGUGCCGAGCGACCCCGCAGCCAAACCUCCGCCAGCCCCGCCCUGUCCCGCCUCCGGAGUCAGAAAGCGGCAGUAACCGGAGGAAGAAGAAGAAAAAGAAGGCGGCGAAGGCCAGCCCAAGGCAGGGGCGCCCCGUCCGGUCCUAGCUCCGAAAGAUGUCUCACGGGGUGGUGCGGGUGAUCCGCACAGACGCCAGCAGCGGGGGCCCUUCGAGCUCCGCUUGCCCGCCGCCCGCCGCCUCGAGCCCGGACGCCGGGCUGCUGGAUAGAGGCUACGCGGGCUCUUGCUCAGCCAUGCUGAAGGUGGCCCAGAUGUUAUUGCUGCUGAUAGGAUUCAUCUGCGUAAGAUCUUCGUGGUGGACAGACCGCAGUACAUACACCUUUUUUGAAACUGUUUCCAUGUUUGACUUAGUUGUAAUUCUCAUAUUCUACAUUGUCUAUAUCUUCAGAGUCUACCGAACACUGACCUGCAUUAACUGGCCACUGACCGAGUUUCUCCAUUAUUUAAUAGGUACCAUCCUGCUUCUCAUUGCAUCUAUUGUGGCAGCAGAAAAAUGUGCCAACGUCACAGGACUAGCAGCUGGAGCGGCAUUUGGCUUCUUAGCUUCAUUUCUGUGUAUCUUAAGUAUAUGGCUAUCCUACAAAGUCUCUUGUGUCACUCAGUCAACAGAUGCUACUGUGUGAACCCUUUACUGGGACAAGCUUUGUCCAUCAAACUGUGGCAAUACCAUACCAAGAGGCAGAAGAUAUAUGCAAGAUGGAACUGUCUAUUGACAAUCAUACUGACUCCCAAUGCCAUAUCUAAGCUGACUGGCUAUCAAAGUGCUUUCUUUCAAGACUCCUCAUGUUGCUUCCUCCAAAGCAGAAGCAGAUUAACAGCAGUCCCUACAUUAUGUCAUCCUGUUGGCCACUGACUGCAACCUAUGGUCUGGAAACAAGUUUAAGAAUCUUGGUGUGUGUGUUCUUUUUUCUCUUUAAAAAACAACAAUGAAACUUUCUUUUUGGAAUCAGA